ACACCUAAAACAUCGUCAACCCGCACACCAUCUAGUUUAGAGAUGAACAUUCAGGUUUUCAUCGUAGCCGCCCUUGUGGCCGUUGCUCUCGCCCGCCCAGAGUCAGCUUACUCUGUCCCUGUCGACCCAGAGAAACCUGCAAAGUACAACUACAACUACCAAGUGCAAGACGACCCGACAAAGAACGACUUCGGUCACCAGGAGGCCCGCGACGGCCCCAACACGCAGGGGUCGUACCAGGUGCAGCUUCCCGACGGCCGCCUGCAAAAGGUCUCCUACACCGUAAGUGUGGACUCCGGAUACGUGGCGGAUGUGAUGUACGAGGGAGAGGCUCAGUAUCCGGCCGAAGUCACCCCUGGGUAUGCCUGACUGCCCUAAGUUUAAUUCAAUGAGAUGUGAGAAGGCUAGCUUAGCCCGGGCCUUCCACAAACGAGGCCCGGUCUGAGUGUCCUGGUUAUGUUCCUUAUUUAUUUUGAAAACUACUUGUGCAGCCUACUAUGAUUAAUUAAAACUAUGUUAAGUAACUAUGUUUCUACAUGAUAUGCUCUCUCAAAUCACAUGUAAAGUUUCGAGAAUCUGUACUGUUGUACACAAUAAACUCGUGGCGCAAAGGCAAAUUUCAUUGACGCAAAAGGCUGCAACAGUGUAGACAGCUCAUUGUGAAACAAACAAAAUAAAUGCAAUUAAUGCAGGAAUGAGAUGGGAUAAAAGAUAGCAGAAAAAAGUAAACCAGAAAUUAGGCGACAAUAGUUUGUAAAAAUACUUGAAAUAGCAAUAGUUUACCGGUGGAUCGGCAUUUUUACCUUACCCUGUCCCAAAAACACUGGUAGAAUGAGCUGAAAAAACUAUAGUAGUAGUGUAGUAGUAGUGAAGUUCAGAGUGCAAAGGAACUUCGAUUUAUAGUUGAUUUAUAAACUAGUGUUAGAAAUAAAUGCGAAAAUGUAGAUUAAGAAAUAUAUUUUUCAUUUUUUCUUUUAUAUAGAUUAUUCCAUAAUAGCUUACACACACACACACUUAUACCCCCAAUCCCUUGCUCGUUGUUGCCGUGGGAGGGGGGGGGGGGGUAGGAGGCGGAGACUGAGGCCCAAUGUAGGGAUCCCCCUACUUUGUAACUCCGCCCUCGCCUCAACUGAUUUUGCAUGAUCUUUUCUCCUCCCCUUUCCUUUUCCUUUUCUUCUUCAUCCCCUUCUGUCUACUAAUCCUAAUCGUUAACUCAUAUUUACCGUUUUCGCCACAAUACUUUACCAUAAUGCUGUGUAACCUUUGAUGCCUGGUACAUUUGUCUGUUCUGACCACUGGCCAUUCUGGAAAUCCACAAACAUUGCCUUACUGAACCAAAAAACUUUACAUGGGACUUUGCCCCAAAACCCCACCCUAUCGCUAUGUUUUGUAUACGCCGCUAAUGACCUUAGAUGUUGACGCGGUAAAAGAUUUUCAAUAAAUAAAUAAAUGAAUAAAUAUAUAUAUGUAUAUAUAUUCAUGAACAGAACAAAAACCAUAUCCGUAUCUUUUCAGUGCGUAAAAGAUUUUGUAACCGUUGUAAAUACCAGUAGCUCUUAAUAAUUACCAUACUUAUAAGCACACUUUAUCAUUGUCUAAAAAGCGAUACAAAUAUACUCUUAAACUUA